CUUUCAUCCAUAAGUUGUAGUGAUAUUUGCUUCAUAUACAGGUGAAUAAUGCAGCAGUAAUUGGAUUAAAUGUGGAUAUGACUGCUGUUGGAGCUUCUACAAGUAGUAAACAUGGAUUAUACAUAAACUGGAGUGAGGUUUCAACUCAAAAUUAUGAACUGGCAGAAGAAUGCUUGAAGAUAAAUUACUAUGGUGCAAAAAAUAUGGUCGAAGCAUUCAUGCCUCUCCUUCAGUUAUCCGACUCAGCAAGGAUCGUCAAUGUCUCCUCUUCCUCGGGUAAGUUAAAGUUCGUUUCCAAUGAAUGGGCCAAAGGAAUAUUAAGCGACGCCAAUAGUCUCACUGAAGAAAAAGUUGACAUGGUUCUGAACGAGUUAUUAACAGAUAUGGGAGCAAGUUUGUUAGAAGACAAAGGCUGGCCUUCGAUUCUUGCUGCUUAUACAUUAUCAAAAGCCGCAAUGAAUGCUUACACAAGGAUACUGGCAAAGAAAUACCCCAAUUUAUCGAUCAAUUCUAUCUGCCCUGGCUAUGUGAAAACUGAUCUGAAUUGCAAUAGAGGCGUCUUAAGUGUCGAAGAAGGAGCUGAGAGUCCUGUGUGGCUCGCGCUAUUGCCCGAUGGAGCUCCUUCUGGGUUCUUCUUUUCUAGGAAGGACAUAUCGCCUUUUUGAUUGUCUCUUCGUCUUCAUGCUCUUUCAUUCUCCAUAGGUUAUUUUGGUUCAAAUGUAAUAAAUUGUGUUAUGUUCCUUGGUGGCCUUUGGUGGUUGUGAAGUAAACUUAAUGUGUAACAGCCAAAAAGCUAUUGUAUGAUUCUCCUGCUGGACAAUGCCUGCAGAAAGUCUUCUUGA